AUGAUUUUCUUUAUUCUUAUGGGAUUAAAUCUUGGACAAACGGAUAAUAAUGUUUGUAUGAGAUUUGAUUAUAAUUGGCGUGAAUUAAGUCAAUCAUUGAUUGAUGAAUAUUAUGCUAUUCACAAUGGUGUUUGUAAAAAAUAUGAAGAACGACUUGUUGUUAUAUACGAUUUCAAUAUCAAGGAAUUGAAAACAAAUUUGUACAAUUCGAUAAUACAAUUAGAACCUAUUGUUGAUGGCAUCAAUCUGUUUGUCGAUAUCGAUCAAUACAUUGAGUUUUUAAUGAAAAAUGAACAUGCAAAAAUAUUUUUGAUUAUUCAUGGUCCUAUCAGUGAUUCUAUCAUGUCGCGUAUUCAUCACCUUUCACAAGUUAAUUCUAUUUAUAUCUUACUGCAACAUGAAUCAUAUGAUGAUCAAUUGAUUAAAAAUUGGUCAAAGGUAACUGGUAUUUAUACCGAAACUGCAGUCAUUUGUAACGCAUUAAAACAAACAAUACAAGAUUCAAUUGACAUAAGUUUUAUUUUCUCAAAUGAAAUAUUAGAUCAAUCUUUUACAUACAUUUAUCUUUUAAAAAAGACUAUAUUUAAUAUCGAUAAUCAUUCCCAUCAUCAAGUAAAAAAAAUAGCGAAAUAUUAUCGUGAACAAUAUUCACAUAAUCAUGUAAUAGUUAAAGUGAUGGAAAAAUUUGAUCUGGAAUAUAAUCAUCAGACAGCUAUUUGGUGGUAUACGUAUGCAUACUGUCUUAAUUCCAUACUUACACAAGCAUUACGAUCCUUAGAUAUGGAUACUAUCGCUACGAUGAAAUUUUUCCUUAAUGACAUUCAUCGACAAAUCGAAAAGCUCUAUCGAGAACAAUCUAUAAAUGAUCACGAUUCUUUUAUUGUCUAUCAUAGUCAAGAAUUAACCGAUCAAGAUUUUGAAAAUUUAAAACAAACUAAAAAUGGAUUGAUAUCUUUCAAUAAUUUCUUAUGCACAAGUAAAAAUUAUGAAUUAUCUUUUGAAAUCGCUCAUAAAAUUUCACAAAAAUCAGAUUUAAUUGGUAUUUUGUUUGUUAUGACAAUUAAUCCAAUGCUGUCUACUAUUCCUUUUGCGCGUCUUAAUAACGAAAUAGCCUUCGGUUCAUCCGAAGAGGAAAUACUAUUUUCCAUACAGACUAUGUUUCGUAUUAUCGACAUUCAACCAUUGGAAGAAAACAACCGAUUCUGGCGUGUAGAACUUACCCUUAUCAAUGACGACGAUUUCACAGUUUAUAACAUCAUACCAAAAAUCAUACCAGUAGUCAGUAAUUCAGGAGAAUGGCAACGAAUAGAACAACAUCUUAGAAGCUUAAAUCAUGAGAGUAAAAUUCAAGAAAGUACUCGAGUAAUAAUUGCUUUGACAUUUAAUGACUAUCAUAGAGCAACAUCGUGUUCUUGCCCUGAGAAAAAUUUACAGGAGAAUGAAUACUACAAAUUUAUUACUAAUUGUCAACGAAACAUUGAUAUGCUCGAAAAAUCAUUUCUUUCGAAAGACUCUCAAUUGGCUACAUGUUACAAAUGUAUUGGUAUAGCAUUUCAUAAUAUGGGUCACUACACACAAGCAUUAUCUUAUUAUCAAAAAUCUGUUGAAAUUUUCACACAAAAAUUUCUUUUUCGUCAAUCCGAAUUAGCUGAAUGUUAUAAUAACAUUGUUUCAGCAUAUUAUAAUUUAGGACAACAGCCGGAAACAUUAUUAUUUUACGAAAAAGCUCUUCAAAUUUAUGAACAAAUAUUUUCUCCAAAUGAUAUUAGACUAGCGACAUACUACGAAAAUAUUGGUAAUCUCUAUCAAAGCAUGGGUGAUUAUGUAAACGAACUUUCAUUUCUUGAGAAAGAGCUGAAAAUCUACAAACAAAUAUUUCCAUCAGAUCGGUCUUUAUUAGCUAAGACUCACAAUAAGAUUGGUGUGGUCUAUUAUCAAAUAGGCGAAUAUCCAAAAGCACUUUUUCACAUUGAAAUCGCUAUAAAAAUUUGUCAAAACAUAUCUCUUACCGAUGAUCUUUUGUUGAAUACUUCUGACUACAUUAUUGAGGACAAAUCAUGCCAUGCUAAUUUGCCUAUUUUUUACAACAGUGCUGGUGUCAUUUUUCUGAAUAUGAAAGAGUAUGCAAAAGCACUUUCAAUUUUUGAAAAAAACUUAGAAAUUCAACAAACAUCUCAUUCAAUUAAUCAUGUAGAGUUAACCAUUACUUACGAUCAUAUUGGCUUCACAUACUAUCAAAUGAAAGAUUAUUCCACUGCAGUUUUAUAUUAUCUAAAAUCUCUCGAAAUUCAUGAACAAACAAGUCCACGAAAUUUAUCCGCACUAAUCACAUCGUCCAAGAAUAUUGCUGUAUUGUACGAAAUAAUGGGCGAAUAUUCGAAAGCAUUAAUUUUUUAUGAGAAAAUACUAGAAAUGUGGCAAGCAAUUCUACCAUCGGAUCAUUUUAAUCUGACAAAUAUUUAUGAAAAUAUUGGCACAAUACACUAUCAUAUGAAAGAAUAUGAGAAGAUGAUUCUAUACUAUGAAAAAGCACUCAAAAUCUAUCAACAAACCAUUCCGAUGAAUUAUGCUGCACUCGCAACAUCAUACAAUGCCAUAGGUUUCGCGUAUAUGUCAAUUGAUGAUCACGAGAAAGCUCUUAUAUUUUUCAAACAACUUCUUGAAAUUAUUGAAAAAGAUUUUGUUCGAGAUCAUCUUGAAUUGACUACAUGGCAUACAAAUAUCGCUUUGGGAUAUUACAACUUGAAGGAAUAUGUAAAAGCAAUUUCAUUUUUUGAAAGAGCCUUGAUAAUUCAAGAAAAAACUUUUCCUUUGAAUUAUUUGAAACUGGCGUCUUCUUACACUAACAUCGGUGGCACAUAUUACUAUAUGAGAGAAUAUUCUAAAGGACUAUUAUUUAUACAAAAAGCACAUGAAAUAUAUCUUGAAAGACUCCCUUCUGAUCAUAUUUCGUUGGCGACAUCGUAUAAGAGUUUAGGUUUAAUAUACAAUAAUAUAAUGGAAUAUCCAAAAGCACUUGCUUUUUAUAAAAAGACACUAGAAAUCUACGAGCAAAUCCUUCCAUCGAAUUCUCAUGACUUAGCUGACACUUACAAAAAUAUCGGUAUGACAUCUAUUAAUAUGAAAGAAUAUUCGAAAGCAUUGUUGUUUAUGGAAAAAUGUCUUGAAAUAUUGGAGAAAACAUUACCUCCGUCUUAUCCUCAAUUAGCUAACGUUUACAGCAACAUUGGUUUAAUUUAUUACAACAUCGAAGAGUACACAAAAUCACUUUUAUUUUAUGAAAAAGCUCUCGAAAUUCAACAACAGAUACUUCCUGUCGAUGAUGCUACUUCUAGUGAACGUUAUAAUAUGAUUGGUUUUAUCUAUUAUGUGAUGAAAGAGUAUACGAAAGCAAUUCCAUUUUUUACAAAAUCCAUUGAAAUUUUAGAGAAAUUAUCACCUACAUAUGAUUCCAAUUUGGCUAAAUCUUAUGACAAUAUUGGAAUAGUUCAUUCUAGCACUGGAAGAUAUACAGAGGCUAUUUCUUUUUUUGAAAGAUCUAUCAAAAUUAACGAACGACUUUUCAUUCCAAAUCAUUCUUUACUGACUGCACCCUUUGAUAAUAUGCGUUGCACAUAUAUUAGCAUAGAAGACUACAUAAAAUCACUUACAAUUUCGAAAAAAGUUCAUAAAAUCUACGAACAAACAUUUCCUCGCAAUUAUGUUUUAUUAAGUACGUCCUACAACUCUAUGGGGAUGAUCUAUUACAAUAUGAGCGAAUAUUCAAAUGCACUUUCAUUUUUUGAAAAAUCUUUGUCAAUCUUGAACGAAAUACAUUUGUCAUAUCAUCUUGAUUUAGUUCAAUGUUACAACAAUAUUGGUUCAACAUAUCAUAAGAUGGGUGAAAAUAUGAAAGCUCUAUCAUUUCACGAGAGAGCUCUUAAGACAAAUCAACAACUAGUCCCACCGAAUCUUUCUUUCAUGGCAAAAUCUUACAAUAAAAUUGGUUUAGUUUAUAUGGACAUAGAAGAAUAUUCGAAAGCACUUUUAUUUCAUGAAAAAGCACUUAAAUUAUACCAGGAAGUACUACCACUGAACCAUUUCGACAUUGAAUCAAGCAAACAAUACAUAGAAAAUGUCAAAAAUGAACUCUAA